GUUGUGGGAUGGCUAUACUGUUUGCUCUAAACCCACGUUCUUGUACCCUGAACAGCUUGGGUUUUGCAAAAGCCAUGGACAACUUGCUGCAUGUCAAUUGCAUCUUCCAAACGCGCUUGCAUAGUGCAUUGCCAUCAAGCUGACUGGGCUUGCCAGACAGCUGCAGAGGCGAUGCCAUGGCCACGUCGUCCUUGUGGAGUGACACUUCCGACGCGACUCCGGAUGAGGUCGAGGCAACCGUGACCCCCGAAGGGGGCGUUCUUGCUGUCAAUGAAGUCGGACAGGCCAAUUGGAAAGAAGCAAAAAGAAAAGUGCUGGCUAAAAAUGAGGUCAGCUUUAAGAAGAAAAAGAAGAAGAAGCGGAUCCGCCAGCUUGAGGAAGGUUUCAAGGCGGAUCUUGUUCUCAAGCAGCUAGACGGUGGUGGCAUCCACGGCCAGCAGAAUCACCAGGAGUCGACGCCUCCGCUUUGGUCCUGGCCGAGCGUCAAUGCGGCGGAGCUUGCAAAGGACAUCGGGGUGAAUCGGCUUCACCAUGCCGUAAAGGCCGGGGACAUAGAAAAUGUCGAAGUGCUGCUUGAUGAAUAUCCUGAGCUGAUUGAAGAAGAGGAUCAGGACCAGGAUUCCUUCCGUUGCGCGCCGCUUCAAGUGGCAGCAUACCAUGGUCACCUGCCAGUGGUGCAGCUCCUCUUGCAGAGGAGGGCCAAGGUUCAUGCAGUCGGAGAAAGUGAAAUGCGCUGGCAGGCACUGCACCUUGCAGGUCUGGAAGGACACAAGGACAUCGUUGAAUUUCUGUUGCAAAGCAGGGCAGACUGUGACCAAAAGGAUACCUUUGGCCGGACGGCACUGGAAUUGGCCAAGAGCGAAGCUGGCAAACACUUGAUAACCUACGGAGCACGCGAUAUCCACAAGUUCAAGGAGAACCUGGUGGUGAUAUUGCAGAGAGAAGGACAUGAUGCAACUGACAUUGUGAGGUCGUUGCUUGUAGAAGCAGUGGCAGUGAGUAGAAGACAGGAUGACGAUCCAAAGGGUCUGGCCUUCGAAUAUUGGACCCAAAAGGCUCCGUUGGCCGAACGUCUCCAUGUGGUUUUGUCGGAGUGCUACAGGUCCAAGGACCCCUUGAGACGAGGUUCCCUGAAGGCCACAGAGGAAACCAGAGUUCUCCUCGAGAAUUUGAAACUGAGAGAACUUGCCGGUCAAAAUCUUCUACAUACUCCCGAGAUCAAGGUUCAGCUUAAAGUUCUGCAAUACCUUGAUGCCUCGUUAGCUUGUGACAUUGACCUUCUGCGUGCAUUGGCAACGACAGCCAAUGAGGACACACUUGCAACUGAUACGGUGACGGCCAUCAUAUCAGCUGCUUGGCUGCAAACACGAGGUCGAGUGAUUGCAGAGAUCAUGUUGAAUGGCAUCAAUGUCAUUUUGCUGUGCUACGUCUCCUUCGGCUUUCGAAACCAAAAAGGGUCUGCGCCGUUGGUCGUUUUGAAAGUGCUGAUCUGCAUUCACAUGAAGAUGGUGCUUGAGGAGCUUGCCCAGCAAUUAGAAGCAUUGGGAAUUAGAGUGCAGCUCCUAUGGACUCGACGAUCAGAGAAAGGUUGGAUAGCUCUGCCUCCAUUUUUGGAUGUUGACAACCUUGCAGAUUUAGCCUACCAGGUUGUCGGUUGCGUUGCACUCUUCAGACAGCUUGAUCAUGCAGGUUUGGAAAAGCCUUUCAUGGCGAUCUUUUCGGCUUGUGCUUGGCUUCGAUUUUGCUCGACUUUGCGAGGGGAGCCUUGGUUUGGGCUCCGAAUUUUGCCAAUUAUUUCAGCUCUCAGGGACACAGUGGGAUUCUUUUUCUUCGCAUUUGUUUGUGUUUGCGCUGCCACCCAUGCAUACUACAACCUACAAGUACGUGAUGAGGAUUAUCCCAUCUAUGAUGCCUUCUUGCAAGUGGUGAGGCUUGGGCUUUUCGCAGAUUUUGACCUCUUUGAGUUUCAGGGCACAGACCCGAUCUUCAAGCAGAACAAUGCUCAGUGGGAGCCAGAGGACCCAUCUCCCAAAGAAAUGGGCGACGAUUACAUCUACAUUCAUAUCAUCUUCUUUGGCACUGGAAUUUGCAUUACGAUUCUAUUGAUGAAUCUGUUGAUUGGGGUCCUUGGCAGCAACUUUGAUCUCUACCAAGACCACGCUCCGCAACUCUUCAACCAGGCUCGAGCCAAAUUCUUAUUGGAGAUCCGGAGCCGUCCCUUUGGAAGGUGCUUAGGGUGGUUGAGACGACGGUCAAGCGGACCGGCAUGGGUGGGGCAGUUGGCUUCCUGUGUCUAUGCCAUCGGUUAUUGUCUCCAGGCAUUCUUUCACUUGGUUCUGAUUCUUUGCACUCUCCCACUGUUCUGCUCUUUAGUCUUGUUCUGCAGUUGGAGUGGCCUUUGCCUGACGUUUGUAAAGCUUGUGGAGGGAGCCUUUGGUCGGUCCACCGAAGGCUGUUACAUUUGGGUGCUUCAGCGAGAAGAACCAGAGGAGCUACGAAGUAUUCAUGCAUUGGUGAAGGAGCAAAUUAAUGACGUGAAAAAGACUCAAGAGGAAAGGUUUGCAGAAAUUGACUCCAAAUUGAGCAGAUUGACACAGCUAGUCGAAAACAAGAGCGUGAAUCGGGGAAGCUCAAAGGUGAGUCCACUCCUCACUCCACAAGCUCCCAAGAGCCCACAGAGCGCGGCUCAAGCUCGUAUGAGCUCUUUUGUGCCGCGGAUGGGCUAGUUAGUUGCCGAGCCCAUCAGCUCAAGCUUUCAGCCUGCUAAGCACGGCUUCAAGCUGUGAGAUGGUCUAAGCGAUUCGGAAUCCGAAAACAACAUUGCAAGAUUGUGCAAAUUUUCCUGUUUAGGCAGGUAUGUAGUGUUGUUUUGCACUGCUUUGGGUCUGGGUUUGUUCGUCUCUUGCCGCACCUUGCCUCCAGGCUCAAGGGUUCAAGAAGGGGUCUAGUGCUGUGGAACG